AUGACACGCAUAAGUCUACCCUUCUUGACCCUUCUCGGCUUGGCCAGUGCUCGAGACAUCGUCUUCCCGCCAGUAGCAGCUAUGCAGCAGCCCAUUGGUAGCUUCGCAGUAGACAUCGCAGAAGACCCAGCACUCGAUAUCUCAGGAGCACGAUAUCUGGGCUUGACGACUUACGCCAACUUGCCAUAUGUCCAUUGCCUCGCAGCAGAGGGCGAGGAGGUCGAGGCCUACGACAUUGCUUUUCUGGGAGCGCCGUUCGAUACAGGUGUGACGGCUCGGCCUGGAGCUCGAUUUGGACCGAAUGGCAUUCGUCAGGGUUCGAGACGGAUCGAAGAAGAAGCGGCUUGGAAUGUUUAUACAGGUAUGAAUCCGUUCAAACAGGGCCUUGUAAUCAGGGAUUGCGGUGAUGCGCCAUUGACGGUACUUGAUAAUACGAUCGCCCUCAAGCAGCUCGACAAAGCUCACAAGGUCGUCUCCGGCCGCAAGACCAACUCAUCUGAGUUCACAGUUCCUCGGAUCAUCACCUUGGGAGGCGACCACACCACAACACUAUCAGCCCUUCGAUCAACGUUCAAUCACUUCGGGAAGGUCAGCGUGAUUCACUUCGACAGCCACAUCGAUACAUGGGAUCCUCAAGUACUGUCGGGAGGCAUCUCGGAUUACGCUGGGGUCAAUCACGGCACGUUUCUUCACAUCGCAGCGGAAGAAGGACUGAUCAGCAAUUCGUCCAUUCAUGCCGGAAUCAGAGCGCCAGUUGCCAACAAGAAGUAUGACAUGAAGCAUGAUAGAGCGUGUGGUUUCCACAACCUGAAGGCGAGAGAUCUCGACAAGCUGGGCAUGGCGGGUUUCAUCGAGAAGAUCAAGGAGAGAGUCGCUGGGUCGAAAGUGUAUAUUUCGGUGGAUAUAGAUGUCCUUGAUCCGGCAUACGCACCGGCUACAGGAACUGCCGAGCCAGGUGGAUGGACGACGCGAGAACUGCUCACGAUUCUCGAUGGUUUGAACGGCCUGGAAGUUGUCGGAGCCGAUGUCGUCGAGGUGGCUCCCGUGUACGACAAUGGUGGAGAGACCACAGUACUCGCAGCGGCAGAGGUGGCCCUCGCUCUGCUGCAGGUCAUGGUCGAUACUGAGGUGGCACCGGUGGAAAAGCCUUCUGCAUGA